CAAUCGGGGAUCGGCCGGACAUGCGAAUAGUAUAAGAAAGAUGGUGAUGGCGUUCGUUUGAUCGAGCUCUCACAGUUUCUCAGCAACAUCAAUCAUCACAUCCUUAUCCACGAGACAAUUGCUUUCAUCCCGCAAAGUCAAUUCAACACCAACAUCAUCAAGAUGCAGUUCUUCACCAUCGUCCUUGCCCUGGCCGCCACGGCCUUCGCCGCCCCCAACGUUCUCGAGAGACAGAACACCGGCUGCUUCGGCGCUGGCCAUGAGUGCAUCUCCGUUUCCGACUGCUGCAACUACCAGACUGGCGCCGGCGGCCAGUGCCUGGACGGCAAGUGCACUUAAGCGGGUCGUUGAGAGUGGGCUCGGGGUUGGCACAUUAUCUUGAGCAAAAUCUGGUUGGGAGACUUUCGGAUGAUCCCGCGUUAUGUGGGUUGCUUUUGGCAAGCCUGAAGACACCCUUGCUUGCUGGUGGGCGGAGACUUCAAAUGUCUUCUCA